AUGCCUCAUCACCUCCCUCCGCAUCAUCACCUUGAAGAACCCUGGCUGAUAUCGUAUUCCCAACUUAGUCACCUCAUAUCUUAUAACGGGGGGGUCCUUCGCCAACAUCUCAAUCUCAUACAGCUCUACCCCGUAAAUCUCAUGGCCGCCUCGUCUUCGACAUCUCCAUUCCUCCGCCUUCCCUCACCCGUCCGUCAACGCAUCUAUAUAUAUCUGCUUGCCCCACAUGCCAAGGAAACCGUGACAACCAUCAACUACACUCUUCGUUGGCCGUGGUUUGAGAACCCCAGCAAUACCACUUUCAACGGGGCUGUUCAGAUCGACUUGUGUCGCUGCCCCCAGAACCCAUCCAAACCACGUACAAGCAACACCAAGACUGAGGACCAUAUCUAUUCACGGUCCAAAUGUUACGGCCCCAAUGUACUUUUUAAUCCCCCCGCCGAGCAUCUUUGGGUAUGUGGAGACGACUAUGCAGAUAGUGGGCAGAUCAACUUCCUUCGACCUGGCGUCAAAUACGAGCCUGGCUACGAGGCUAACGUCGACAUACUUGCCACUUGUCAAACAGUCUAUCAAGAAGCCGUAGGUUUGUUAUACCGAAAUCGCAACUUUCUGUUUCUCACUGGGCCGUGUCCCCGUGGAAGAUACCAAUCGUACGCUACAAGGGUAUUCCUUUCCCGUUUGUCACCUUGUGCGCGAGCGCACGUCACGUCGCUGUCCAUAAUCAAUGUGCCAUACGAGGAGGAUGCCAACAUCAAUGACGCUCAGGAUGCUUAUAGAACGCUGGCUGUGUACAUACAACUAUGCCUCCCGUCUUUCCAGACGCUCAGUCUGAAUCUUUGGAAUAAGCAGAUGGGAAUUGCUGCAGCAUCAUUUGGACGAGUUUUUGAGAAGAGCGGGAUAGAGAUAUGUCUGCGGCUGGAAAACAAAAAGAGCCCUUGCAUUCGGUUGGCUGAUGAAGCCGCGUUUGGGCAAGCAAUACGAAGCGUAACGGAGACAUCGGGGAGCUCGACUGAGAGAGCCAAGGUACUCAAACGAUCCAAGCAGCUCAGCGAAGAACCACGGGCCCAACCGAGACAUGGUACACAACACGUCUCCCAGCCAAGCACACCCCCGAAAUUGCUACCGAGGUGGGAAGAGGUCGAAGACGAAGAUAUAAUCGACGAUUUAGACAUAGUCAAGGGCGAAGUCUUGCCAUAUAGAGGUGGCACAUCGACUGCGCUUGACAUGCAGAGGAGUUCUUCAUUGGGGGAGGACGAGGGAUCGGACGAAGAAUGGUAUGAUGCCCCGGUCAACUCUAUGGCUGAAGAUUGGGAAGUGGUAUAG